AUGGCAACCCCAGACGCCGCUCCUCAUUUUGGAGCAGAGCUGAAGGUUCUUCAUGGGAUAACCUGGCUGGAUGAGAUCCAACAGUUCUACCGCGAACGAAGCGCCAUCGAGAAGGAAUACGCCGCCAAGCUGACCGCCCUAUGUCGGAAAUACUACGACCGCAAAGCCAAGAAAACAAGCACUCUCAGCGUCGGCGACACCCCGAGCAUGACCCCUGGCUCGCUCGAGAGUGCCUCUCUCACGACAUGGACCACCCAAUUGACCGCCGUGGAAUCGCAUGCCACGGAGCGCGACAAGUUCGCCAACGACCUGGUUGUUCAGGUCGCCGAGCCGCUAAAACAAGCCGCCGCACAGUAUGAGGAACUGCGCAAGUGUCAUGUCGACUUUCACGCGAAGUUGGAAAAGGAACGCGACUCGUCUUACCAUGAUCUGAAGAAGAUGAAGGGAAAAUAUGACGGGGCGUGUCAGGAGGUCGAGACGAGACGGAAGAAGAUGGAAAGCUCGUUCGAUCACAGCAAACCAAAGGCGCAGGCGGCGUAUCAACAGCAGAUUCUUGAGAUGAACAACGUGAAGAAUACGUAUUUGAUCAGUAUCAACGUGACGAACAAGAUGAAGGAGCGGUUUUAUCAUGAGUAUGUGCCGGAGCUGCUUGAUGGCCUGCAAGACCUCAAUGAGACUCGCGUGACCAAGCUCAACUCUGUAUGGUCGCUAGCCGCCCAGCUGGAGAAGAAUUCCCUCGCCAAAAGCAUGGACCACAUGUCACACUUACUCCAGGAAAUCCCGCGCAACGUGCCCAGCCUCGAUUCCCUCAUGUUCCUCCGUCACAACGUCACACAGUCACAGGAGCCACCCAACGUGGGCUUCGAGCCGAGUCCAGUUUGGCACGAUGACGAAACCCUGGUCACGGAUGAAACGGCCAAGGUCUUCCUUCGCAACCUUCUCAGCAAGAGUAAGACUCAGGUGCGCGAACUCCGCGUUGAGUCUGACCAGAAACGCCGGGAGGUGGAAAACGCUCGCAAGAUCCGAGAGAACAUCAAGCAGGGCCGGGACAACCGCAACGAGGUCGAAGUCGUGCGCUCCAUCUUCUUCCUGCAGGGUACGCUGCACGAAGUUGACCGCAAGAAGCUGACCGCCGAAGUGGAAACAUCGACCAUCAUGUCGGCUGUUGGUGACCUGUCGCUGGGGGCGCAGAACCACAACUUCAAGUCGCAGACGUUCAAGAUCCCGACCAAUUGCGACCUGUGCGGUGAGCGCAUCUGGGGGCUGUCGGCCAAGGGAUACGACUGCCGGGAUUGUGGCUACACGUGUCACAGCAAGUGUCAGAUGAAAGUGCCCGCCGAGUGUCCCGGCGAGCAAAGCAAGGAGGAAAAGAAGAAGCUGAAAGCGGAGCGACAGGAACAGGCCAGCGCCACUCCGACGCUGGACUUGGAGCCCACAACGACGAACUCGUCCGCGGCGCCCUCGCUCACGCGGCAGAACACGAUGAAUUCUUUGAGCUCGGGAUACGCUGUUAGCGCCAAUCGGUCGCUGUCGAACGUCAACCAAGCGCCGGCCAAUCCGGCGGAGCUGCCAGGCCAAACAGCUACCCCAGCAGCGCCUCAGGAGACCAAGCCGGCGCCGGCGCGACGGAACCGCAUCCUUGCGCCGCCUCCAGCACAGUACGUCGCCCCACCGCCGGUGACGGAGUCGCCGCGGACCAGCGAACCACGAGGCAAGAUGCUGUACGCGUACCAAGCGGGCGGGGCGGACGAGGUUACGGUGCAAGAGGGCGACGAUGUGACGAUCGUCGAGCCUGAUGACGGAUCGGGAUGGAUGCGAGUGCGCGUCGGGACGCAAGAGGGUCUGGUGCCGGCGUCGUAUGUCGAGGCGCUCCCGGCCGCCGCCGCCGCGCCGUCGCCGGUCCCCUCGGCCAGCCCUGGCCUGCCGGAGCGUCCUGGGUCGACGUAUUCGAACUCGUCGGCGUCGUUAGCAGGCAGUGGCGCGGGCGGCAAACGCGUGGGGCCGGCCGUGGCGCCGCGACGGGGCGCAAAGAAGCUGCAAUACGUGGAGGCGAUGUACGACUACGAGGCGCGCAGCGACAUGGAGUGGAGCAUGGCGGAGGGAGAUCGGUUCGUGCUGAUCAACCGGGACAGCGGCGACGGCUGGGCAGACGUGGAGCGGGGAGGCGUGACGAAGAGCGUGCCCGCGAACUAUAUCCAGGAGGUAUGA